AUGUUUCGCGGAAUAUGUGUCGGCGACGGGGUGAAACGUUUCGGGUUGAAAGGUGAAAACAAGGUACCAUCUACUACAGAGGAGUGGCUUCAGAUCUCCGCCGAAUUCGAAAGAAAAUGGCAAUUUCCUCACACAAUCGGAGCCAUAGAUGGUUAUGCUGACAGCUUGAGUGCCUCAGGCACAGGUCUCAGGCACCUUGAUAGAUUGGAAGAUUUGAAAAUGAGAGAACGAAUGAUGCAUCAACAAAGGGAGCUCUGCCUCAGAUCAAAGACCGUAAGUUUGGAAAAAGCUUGGGACAUCCAGUUAAAGACGAUUAAUCAGUCGGUUUUGUACUUUUUGGCUGUGCAGAAAAAGCUCAGUUUCUCCGCAGAAGCUAUCGUGAUGGACGUAGCAAAUGAGGACCUCAGAAGUCUGAAUUCCCACAGGUCUAAGAAAAUUAAUAUCAACAAUCCACCAGAACCGGCUGUAGAUUUGGAUGCCUGUAAUAAAAAACAAAUUAUUUAUUGUCCAAUUCCAGUACAAAGAAACAAACAAAAAAAUCCACAUGUAAUAGCAAGUCCUUCAAACAAGCAACCUCAUUGCAGUAACUUUAAAGAAUGCUAA